AUGUCAAAUGAAACAGCGUCUAUGAGAGAAAUACAACACAACCGACAACUCAUUAUGCAAGCUCUAAAUAAGAACACAACAAACUUUUCAAACUAUUCUAAGAUAUCUGAGUCAUUGAAAGAAGGAAACUUAAAACUGACAUUAAACCCAAUGACAGAUGAGUUUCUAUUUCAAGACAAUAAGAACCAUACUGUCUGUAUAAAUCCAACAAAAGGAACUUUAAACGAGAAACCUAUAAAUGAACUUCUUUUGAAAGCAGAUGUUGACAACAAAGCUAACAAAGAAUAUGUAGACGAUGCAAUAGCAAAAGAAGAAGAAAGAGCUAACAAUGCUUAUGCAACAAAAGAACAUACUCAUCCUGAACUAGCAGACAAAACAUAUGUUGACAAUAAAAUGUCAAGUGAAGUGACAAGAGCUGAAAACGAAUAUGCUAAAAAGACUCAUAUACAUUAUAUUAACCAAAUACCAAGUCUUAAGGAAACAUUAGAGACAAAAGCAGAUAAGACUCAUACACAUUCUAUAUCUGAUAUUACAAACUUACAAGAAACCUUAAACAGGAAAAGUGACGUUGGACAUACACAUACAUCUUCUGAAAUAACAGA